ACCAGUCCAAGAAACUUGAGCACAGCAGCUUUUUUUAAGCUUGAAGAAUGGGGGUUUCAGGGACUUUGGAGUACAUCUCGGAGCUGAUGAGCAGUGGUCGGAAGGACAAGAAGAAGAGGAAGAAGCAGUUUCAGACAGUGAAUCUCAAGGUCAGAAUGGACUGUGAUGGCUGUGAGCUUAAAGUCAAGAAUGCUUUGUCUUCUUUAACUGGAGUGAAAUCUGUGGAGAUAAACAGAAAGCAGCAGAAGGUGACGGUGACAGGAUACGUGGAGGAAAGCAAGGUGUUGAAGAAGGCGAAGUCGACAGGGAAGAAGGCAGAGAUAUGGCCGUACGUUCCUUACAACCUCGUAGCUCAGCCCUACGCUCCUCAGGCUUAUGACAAGAAGGCACCUGCUGGUUUUGUCAGAAAACUUGACAACCCCCCACCUCCGACAAGGAUUGAUCAUCAGGACCCCUACAUUGCUAUGUUCAGUGAUGACAAUCCAAAUGCCUGCUCUAUCAUGUAAUCAUAAAUUCAUAACUACUCAUCUCUUCAUCCUCAUUGUAAUAAUAUAUCUCUGCCUGAUCUUCUAGCUAGUCUAAUUUAGGGUUUUCUAUUUUCUUUUAUAUGUUUUCUUGGUGUGGAUGAUCAUGAUGUAGAAUAUAUGUCUAUACUUGAUGAUCUGGAAGAGGAAAUUUGGUGUUGAUUUCA